UUCGCUCCUGUACAGAGGUGCGCUUCUGGGUUACUUACCAAAUGUUUAUAAACAUUUUUUGGCAGCAACACCGUCAAUGUUGUUAAAUGGAUUCAGCUCGACGUGCUUUUCCUCUUCUGUGCCAUUAUUUUGGGGGAAAGUAAAUCAUUUUUGUUGCACUUUGGUCGCACUCUCGUGAAGUUGUUUCAGGGACAGCAAGGUGUCGUGUGCGAAGCAACCGGAGUCCCUGGAAGAGGGGGAGGAUUUUCCUUGAACCAGUUUUGCUGGAGUAUAACUGCUGUCAUGUACAGUUAACUAACUAGACAACUCUCUUUUUUACAGCCUCUUUGACAAAAAAAAAAGAGGAUAGAGUAAGCUUAUGCUACCCCUCAUCCUCCUCGCUGGAUAUCUAUGGAGAGGGUAUCCUGUAUGCUCUCACGCAGCUCUUGGACUUACUUGUGGCCGAGACAGCACCGUGAAUGUUGAUUUCCCCGACCUGGAUAGCAGAAGACGACACACUUAACCUCAUUUGAAUGCCUUUGCAAGGGGUUUGCUGGUUUCUGUGCUGCAGGCAGGGCUUCAGUUUGCUGGGACGGGACUAUGGGGAGAAAGAGGAGGAAGAGUCUUUUGAAUUGCGCAACAAGGAGGACUUGACUUCCAAUGGACGGAGUCCAGCUGAGGUGACUGUUUCUCAACCAACUUGCACAGCCAACGGAACAAAUGGGCACACUGUCUCAGAAGUCUCUGACGAGAUGAAGAGCCUGAUCAUUGAGAAGAAUAAAAUGGGCCUGGAGGAAGAUCCAGAACUGCUGGUUAAAGGAUGGCUGUUACGGGAGGUGCGAGGUAACUGGAUCAAGCAGCGGCGGUACUGGUUUGUGCUGAGCCAAGACUCCCUCGACUACUACAGCGGACCAGAGAAGGGAGCCCGCAGACUGGGCACGCUGGUCCUCACCAGCCUCUGCUCUGUCAUCUGGCCAGACAAGCAGACCUACAAAGAGACGGGCUACUGGAGCAUCACAGUAUAUGGGCGGAAGCACUGUUACAGGCUGUACACCAAGCACUUCAACGAGGCUGUGCACUGGGCAUGUGCCAUCCAGAAAAUCAUUGAUACCAAAGCUCCCGUAGAAACGCCAACGCAGCUCCUGAUCCGAGACAUUGAGGAGAACAAGUUCAACCCCGAAGUAGUGGAACACAUUUACCAGCACAACCCAAUCCUCAAGUACACCCAGGGUCCCCUGUACGCUCCUCUGCUGCCCUUCCCCUACGGCAGCCUGGAGCACACAUACCACAACGGGAAAGGGUAUGGCUCGGUGCGUGAGGAGGCCGUGAAGCUCUUCAACUGCCUGCAGCAGCUGGAAUCAGCACGGGAUCCAGUUCCAAUCAUCCAGGGCGUGCUGCAGACCUGCCUGGACCUGCGGCCCCUCCGCGACGAGGUGUACUGCCAGCUAGUGAAGCAGACCAGCUACACGCCUGCCCCUUACACUGCUGCACACCUCCGCUACUGGCAGCUUCUUACGUGCAUGAGCUGCACCUUCCUGCCUGGGCCCAACGUGCUCAAGUAUCUGCGAUUCCACCUCAAGAGGAUCCAGAGCCAGAGUCCUGAGUCUGAGAUGGAUAACUAUGCAUCAUUCAUCAGCGAGGCUCUGGAGAAGACCAAGUGUCGGGAGUGUGUGCCAUCCUGGGAGGAGAUCCAGAUGCUUAUGAGCAGACAGGAGAUGUUGUGCACUGUGCACUAUCCUGGCCCCGGAUCCUGCCAGCUCUACAUCAGCUCACACACUACGGCCAAUGAGGUGGUGCGAAGGAUGCAGGAAAAGCUCGGCCUGCAAGAGAGCAAAAACACAUUUGCACUGUACGAGCAGAACGCACUGUGGGAGCAGCCGGUUGCGGGCAGCGCUCUGAUCGCAGACAUCCUGACCAGCUUCUCCACCAAAGAGUCAGAAUCUAAAUCCCAAUGGAAACUGUGUUUCAAGCUCUACUGCCUGUUGGAUGCUGACAGCAUAUCAGUGGACAGCAUUGAAUAUCUUUUCCUCUUUGAGCAGUGCCAUGAGAUGGUGGUCCGUGGCCAGCUGCCAGCCUGUGAAGAGGACCUCCAAGCCUUGGCUUCCCUGAGACUUCAGUGUCUGAUGGGUGACUUCAGCACACAUGCACCCUGCCCGCCUCUGGAUGAGCUUUUCCCGAGUCAUAUGCUAGAAGCUCAGGUUCUCAUGUCCCUUUCCGCCCCACAAGCCCUGCCCCCCUGCCAGGUAGCAGCUCAGGGCUGCCCCACAACGCAGCGCUUCCCGACGGGCCUCCUGGCAGGAACGCUGUGGAGCCACACAGCUACAGCAGCGCACAAGCAAAAGGUGGAACAAGACAUGCGCCUGCGGAGUCGGCUUAAGGAGGAGGCAGCAGCUGUCAUGGGAUCCAUCUUGGAGCGUUGGAAAGGUCUGGCCGGCUAUAGCCGAAUGGACAGUAUGGCCGCCUACCUCACAAUCGCACGCCAGUGGUCAGGCUUUGGAUGCACUCUUUAUGAAGUGGACUUUUAUAUUAGUUCAACAGGGAGUUUUUCCCAGAAGCUGUGGCUUGGUGUAGCUGCAACAUCCGUUUCUUUAUAUCGGCAGGGAGAGGCAGAGGCUCUGGAGUCCUUCCCUUAUGGCCAGAUCUGCUCUUACGGUGUAUCUGACAGCAACACCUUCAAGAUCACAGCUGGGGAUCGGGAUCUGCUGUUUGAAACAACCAAGCUGACUGAGAUCAUGCAGCUGAUGAAUGCGUAUUUCAGUGCCAUCCGUCGCCAGCGAGGGAAAGGGGAAGAUGUGGACAUCACCAUCGCAGAGAGCACAGAGGUGGGCUUCCAUCACCUGGCUUCGACGCAGAUGCCCACCCUCCUGGAGCUGCCGUCGCACCCUGUUUGAGAAGGACCCAUACCCGGACGCCCCCAAAACCUCCCCACCGUCCUCCUCCACGUGGCCCUUAUGAGGCCCAGCCCCAGCCCUCAGGACCCCGCGCCUCCUCCGCUGGGAACGGCACAGCAGCCAAAACAAAGAGAGGGCUGUUUUCGCUCCCCGUCCAUGAAAAUAAACCGUCACUGAGCUUUACAGCUGAAGGAGCUGGCCGAUGCAGAGGUGGAGGAGGGGACGGGAAGGCAAGGGGUUCUGUUUUGCAAGUGAGGCCAGAAACCCACAGAAACCAGUGCGGUUGCUGAUGAGGUGUCACACACCCCCCACUCCAUCCUGUCACGCAACCACCUCUGUUACUCUACAUGGCAACGCAGCCUACCCCAACCUCACCCCCAACCCCCCCUUGACAAUGUGAGACGUUGGUGUGAGCCUUGCUACAUCAGGAAGAGAUAGCCUCAUAAGAGUUAGAACUCAUAGCAA